CAUCACUAUACUAUACACUCAUUCUUUCGCAACAAACGAUCAGAGACAGACCUCAUAACAAAGAACUGAGAUGCAAGCGAUGUCUUUCAACAGCUAGUGAUUGCCGAGAGGCAGCCGUUCACAACUCGCCAACGAGUUGUUUACAACUUCCACUUGCGAAGUCUCAUACAGCUUUUGCGCAUACAUCCAUCAAGAUGCUUCCAUUAUUAUCAAAACUUUUCCGGACGCACUACUCCCAUACGAACUCAAGAUCUUUACGAGCUUGAUGUGACAUAUGAGAGGGACAAUACAUGACCUGUACAACCAACACCACAAUCAACAAUCCGCAUCAGCUCAACCUGCCAACACAAAGAACGGUCCAAGAUAUGGCCUCCAUCUUCACUUUCGACCCUGACCCACCACGCGUGUCUUCACCAUGGGCUACGCCUCCGGCUGGGAACGGGACCAGCUCUCCAGCUCUUCAGCAAGCAGCUAAGCCGAUCCCCUCAAAACUUGGUAUCAACGAUGAUACCAAGUCAACUGCAAGCACUCAGAUUCCUACCAUUGACAACACCACUGUCACGCGACUAGAGGCUGAGCCACAGGAGGGCCCAACGGAGUACAAACUGCAUCUCCUUCUGAAACGACGGAGAUCGUUCACACGCUUCAGUACUGGACUGCGCGCUUCUGGCUCGCUGCGUCGCGGCGAUGGCACAAGCUCUAUCGCUGUUAACCGCGCCGUAUCCGAAUCAGGUGCUCUGAGUAAUACCCCACCUCCGUUGACGUCCAUUCAGUCACGACAGCAUCGUCUGGAGCAACUGACCACCCAGUUGCUGUGGCGUCUGCAGCAGUCAUGCCCCUACCACAUCUCCUCAUCAACGGCGCCCCUUCUUCCGCAUCUUCCGGACGAUGCCAAACUCACGACCACUGAGAUGCCUCAGCGGCUACUCCCAGGGCUGGAGGAGAGCAAAGGCGCGCUGUACGAGAUUGGAGUUGCAGACGAUGGAUCGAUCGUUGGCUUGGCAGAGGACGAGAUGGAAGAGAGCUUGAACAACUUGCGCGCCAUGGCUGCGAGCCUCGGCUGUCGGGUUGAAGUCCAGCGCAUGCUCUCUGUUGGUGAGUGUGAGUGGAUUGAGAACAACGGCACAAAACAGCGUGAAGUACGCACCUCCAAACUGUUAGCUGCCGAAGCUUUGAUCAGCCCUGACCAACACCUGGUGGACAACUUAAAAGAGGCUCAGCACGCUGCAGACGAUGUCUCAGCAGGUGCCUCUGCCAGUACUGCAACACCAGCAGUUGUACUUGGUGACACCCAGUCCAGCGUUGAGCAGUUGAGAGUCUCCCUCAUCGGUGCGACCAUGUCUGGAAAGUCCAGUCUCCUGGGUACCUUGUCGACGGCAACGCUCGACAACGGGCGUGGAAAGAGUCGUCUAAGCCUUCUGAAGCAUAGACAUGAGAUUGCCUCCGGUAUGACCAGCUCCGUAACACAGGAGCUUAUCGGAUACCGUGAUUUGAUGGAGCCAGAUGGUGCAGUCUCGACACAAGUCAUCAGCUAUGGGUCUGGAGAUGUCGACGCCUGGGUUGAUAUUCACGCUGCCGUUGAGGCCGCUCAAGAGGGCCGUCUGGUUGUUCUAUCAGACUCUGCAGGACAUCCGCGAUUCCGUCGCACGACAGUUCGAGGCAUCGUUGGCUGGCAGCCACAUUGGACGCUUGUGUGCGUUCCAGCUGACAACACGGACGAGUCCUCGGGCAAGAUUGGGGCUUCACCCAGUUCGCAAGACAUACUCGGGCCUGCUGCCGCGGACCUUGACUUGUCACAGGCUCAUCUAGAGCUUUGUCUGGAUCUUGAAUUGCCUCUUGUCAUUGUCAUCACCAAGUACGAUCUCGCCACCAAAGCUGGCCUGCGUCAGACCUUAUCCAAGUUACUGUCGGCCCUGAAGGAGGCCGGUCGCAAACCUUGCAUCAUCUCCGACCAGACAACAUCCAUGUUGGACGUCGAUAUCCAGCAGGUUUCCACAGGUGACCUUCAGGAAGCCGAUAUUACAGCAAAGCAGUUGGCCUCGUCACCUCUCGCGAUUGUGCCGAUAGUCUUGACAAGUGCCGUAAAAGGCACUGGAAUCACGAAGCUGCAUGCAUUCUUGCGACUACUGCCAAUCCACGUCGAAGCACCUCUUCCAGACAAGUCACCGUUGCAUUUGUUCUACAUCGAAGAUGUGUACAGUGUUAGGGGCAACACAUCUUCAGACCGUUCUGCAAUCAUCGGCGGGUAUCUGCGACAUGGACGAUUGACAGUUGGCGAAGAGUUGCUUCUGGGCCCGUAUCCAAUCGAUACCAGCUCAGAUGACAGCGACAGCGGAACCGGAAGACCGCCACGCAGCUCUCCCAUAACGACCUCAAGAUCAUACCCUGGCGCGCUGAACAAGAGGAACACCACCCCGCGUGAUCGGCAUGUUGAGUGGCGGCGAGUGCGCAUUACAUCGCUACGCAACUUGCGUCUACCUGUGCGAGCGCUCUAUGCGGGUCAGCUUGGCACAAUAGCAGUUGAGCCCAUUGACACCCCAAUACUUAGCCCGGCCAUCAACCGUAUCAGGAAAGGGAUGGUACUGGCGGAUCGACAGCCUUUGGCGUCAAGAGUGAUGACGGUUCGCUUCCAAGGCGCCCAGGCGAGCGGUGCCGCCAGCCUUACUGUUGGAAGCGCGGUCGUUGUCUACGUUGCCAGUGUAAGAGCCUCAUCAAAGGUCAUCUCAGUGGCUUCUGAGCCCGGCCCAUCUGUCGAAACACCAGUACAGGAUGAAGACGAGGAUGGAUUCGGGUUUGGCUUCGACGACGAGGCGGACGAGCCACCUACCACCGCGGAACCGUCCACAGCCACGGUUACCUUCCAGUUCAUCGCAUCAAAGGAGUUCAUUGAGCAGGGCGCCAAAGUCCUCGUCAUGCCUGGCGGUGGGCCGGGUCUAGCUAGUGGUACCGAGAGAGGAGCGAAAGGUGUCGCAGGUCUUGAAGGUUUUGUGGGUCAUGCUCUUGAGCAAUACUAGAGCUCUGGCUGAACUCCAAUACCGUGUUUAGCUUUUCAAUGUUGGUGUGUGUGUUGUGCAUUCUGAUUUUGUGUUUUUGGUUUCUCAUCUUCUUAUUUAAGGAUAUGGUCUGAGCAACGAAGCUU